CGGACACGCCGGCUGACGAUAUCACAGUGCCGGCCUCGAGGCAGACCUUGUGCUAGAAAGGGCGGGAAUGCUGUCUAGAUUCUCUAGGCUUGGGCUGACGCUGGGCGUGAGACGAAGGACCUACUGCAUAUAUACAAGUACUCAUGACUCUCAGAGAAGCGGAGGCACAUAGAGGCACAUGCCCUGAUGCCCAUCCUACACGCUGUCUACUCCCGCCAUCUUUGGUAAGCACCUGCCAUAUCCGUACUCUAUUCAUCCUAUUUUUCAAAUUCCAGAUAUUACGCCAAUCACGGGUAACGGAAGUGAUUACGAAGGGCUGAACCUUUUAAUAAACGGGAUACCUCUCCCCACUUCCACCCGACCGCCAGUUGACUGUCACACUAUUAAUUUUCGUUCUCGACUCCCUCAAGAUGCCCUCCGUGAUGUUGGAUAGUGUGUCAGUUAACUCGUUCGUCAACGUUCGCAAAUUAAAUGCAGCACGCUAUCUGCAUGGAACCUCGACAAUCGCAGCAAUUCCGGACGAGUUGCUGUCUGCCAUCUUUCAUAUUGCAACGCACGAUUUUCACGACUGUUAUGACGCUAUGUUUCACGCUACUACAAUUUCCCAUGUCUGUCAACGCUGGAGAAACGUAUCUCUUUCAACCUCAUCAUUAUGGACCGUCAUCGUUCUCACAUUUCCUACUCAUCGCACUCAAUUCUUUCGCACUAUCGACUGGCUUGCGCGUUCCCGCUCUCGCCCUUUGCACCUUUACAUGGAUUUUCGAGAUCCCGCAUGGAAUUGGGACGAAGCCUCACAUUGCUUUAGCUGGAAAAAUAUGGAAAAUGUCAUGCGACUUAUCUUGCCAUAUGCGCACCGGUGGCAGAAGGUUGAACUUCUCACUGACACCUGGGCUCCUAUUUUUACCUUCCUCUCCUAUACCUCCCGCAUAAAAUCAGUUCCUAUGUUACAAGAUGUCCUUCUUUCCCGCUGUAACGCCUUCUUUGCUGCAAAGGGCGAGCUCUUCCGCCCUUCUGCAAUGAAGCAUCCUGUCUCCUGGUUUGGGGGAGGUUCUGCAUUUCACAGCCUUCGUCGGGUCUCCCUUGCCGGUGUACACGUGAACUGGGCAAACUCGGGAUUGUCGGGUCUCUUGGAACUCGAACUCAAGUACCACGCGAGCGAGGUGAUGCCAACUUUGCACGAGUUUUGCGACAUCAUAUCGGCAUGUCCCAAACUCGAGCGAUUGAACAUCUUGGGAUGGGGUCCUCAGAUAGACGUAAACGUUGCGCCCAAGCAGCGCACUCUCUACCUUCCGCAUUUACGAAACUUUGCCUUCGGAUUCAUCGAUGUCGAUUACGCCAUUGAUUUCUUGUCGCUCUUUUACUUCCCCAGCCUUCAAACGCUUUCGCUGGAGGACAUUUCCUCUUCACUAGAUCCGUUGCACCCUUGCGAUUCGUCCCGUCUUCUGGAGUACCUCACAGCAGCUCACCACGGGUCGUGCACAACCUCGUCUCAUCUAUUCCCAUGCGCAACGUGCAGUCCAUAUCCCUUAUCUUUAAUUAGUUCUUUGGAGCUUCAUGGCCUUACAUCAUGCGGAGCUUCUUUGCGCUGCUUUCUGCAAGAAACCACGACUCUCGACCAUCUCGUACUGUCUGGUCUGGACAAAACGAACCUACAGGCGAUCGUUCCAGACCUAAUCGCCGCGGCGCUUUGCCCAAGUCUUCUUGACUUGAAAUUCAACGACGCAGACCCGACGAUCAUUGCGUCAUUAGCUUCCCUCCCAAUCGGUGUUGUUCGCAGUCUCAACUCUCCAUCGAUGCGUGUCGUUGUAGUUGCGAAUGUUGUCGACAGUGAUGACGCAAAGCGCGAGCUCAUGCACGUGUUGUGGGCCGCUGGCGUCGAGGUCAUAAUCUUAGGAAAUGCCACUUCUUAAGGGCUUGGCAAGGGAAGCCGCAGCAUCAUUCAUCAUUUUCAUGCACCGCUCUCAUCAGUCAUUCGUUCUUCCUUUCCCUUCAUUACACACUCUCCCCUUUAUCACCCAUGAUUUAACGCGCCUUUGUACGUAUGUAAUACCCUUCGACAUUCUUCACGUCACUGUAUAGUGUAUCAAUAUGCCCACGCAUCCCCUCAUUUCCGUCCAAGUCGUAUGUUAGUAUAUCCGUCAGUACUAUAGAGCCGAAUCACCUGUAGCAUAUGUCAUGUGUAAUACACACAUUUGGUUCGAUUGGCAAAUCAUCAUG